AUGUCACAAGAUUCCGCACUCGGAUUCUUCCUCACCCUCCCAAGCGACUCUGGCAAGAAACACAUCCAGCUGCUAAGAAUUUGGCCUGGGUUCAUCGAGCUGCUCAUUUAUUCCACGAUAGUGGCUUUGGAAGGCAUGUGGCUGCAGCAGCCUGACAGAUACUUGCAGAUACUGAGAAGAUACGUUGGAAAGAAAAACAAAAACAAACAAACAAACAUAAACUGCCCUAAAUCCCCAACUGUUUUAUAACAGGAAGUAUCCAGAGAACCCCAUUGCUCAUCAGAUUUCUCCAACUUUGAGACGGAAUCUGUGCACCAAACAGACAAGGAGAUUCAAGCAGAUCUGGAUCGCACCAGCAAUGUGGAAGGGUCUGAAUAUUCUUACCAAGGAGGCAGUGUAGGGUUCAAGGAGAUGCAAACCGAGAUUGAGUUUGCUGUGCAGAUAACCCCAAUUAAAGAUUUGAAAAAGCAUCAGGAAAGGAUGGAUGCCAACAGUUCAGGAUCCCCAGCUAUCCCCACUAUUGUGACUGAUACGCUUGCUAAUGGAGACCAACGGACACCAUCAGAGACCAGAAGGCAGCUAGAAGCCACCAGCAGUCCUCUUCCAUUAGACGCGGUUGCCAAAGAGGAGAAGGAUGAGCACAGAGAGGAGAAGGACGGCCAAGGAGCCAAGGAGCAGGUGCCCCGCAUUGUGGUGAGAGGAGCAGAGUCGGAGUGGUCGAGCAGCAGGUUGGAGUUAGCCAUUGAGACUGAGCUGGAGAAGAGGAGGAUUGAGUUUGAGCUGACGAGGCUCAAAUACGAACACGAAGAGAACGAGAGGCAGCGGCAGCAUGAGGAGAAGAUGGAGCAGCUGCGCCAGCAGCAGGCGCCACCCAAGGAGAUUGGACAACAGCUCCACGAACUCCUUCAACCCCAGAACGAGUAUGCUCUAUUUUUUUUCUGCUUCAUCUUUAUCCACUUUAUUUACACAGCCAGGGAGCUGGCUUUCUAUUUUAUUAUGAAACACGACAUAUUCUGCUUUGUUAUUUUGCUGUGUUUCAUUUUCAAGAAGAUUUUACUGGAUUACAGAAGUAGGAGAGUCUAA